GGAGUAAGAGUUAACAUUAGAUAUUCAUAUAAGAUGUCGACUUCUUUAUCAACGUCUUUGCAACCACCACCUUCCACUGAUAACACAACUGGUGCUUCUCCUGUGGAUGAAUCGGAAGAAUGGUCUCAUGCUAGAUCAAGAAAUGUGAACAGAUCAGCACCUGCUCCUGCACUGACUAGAAUAUCAUUUGCAUCCUCUGACGAUGAAUCUGUGCCGAUGUCAGUUCCAUACCCUGAAACUAAAGGUAGAUUGGAUAGAACGAAACAAGUACUUAGGAAAUUCGCGUCGUUUAUUGGACCUGGGUUAAUGGUUUCAGUGGCUUAUAUGGAUCCAGGUAAUUAUGCAACUGGUGUUACUGCUGGUGCUCUGAAUAAAUAUACCCUUUUAUUUUUCGUGUUAAUAUCCAAUAUUAUCGCUAUUUUCCUUCAGAGUUUAUGUAUUAAACUUGGUUCUGUCACUGGUUAUGAUCUUGCAAGAUGUUGUCGUGAAAACCUUCCUAGAUGGUUAAACCUCAUUUUGUGGGUAUUGGCUGAAUGUGCCAUAAUUGCCACUGAUGUGGCUGAAGUUAUUGGUUCUGCCAUUGCUUUGAACAUCUUAAUCAAAGUUCCACUUCCUGCUGGUGUUGUGAUCACUAUUGUUGAUGUAUUAUUCGUUUUAAUGGCAUAUAGAAAUGAUUCAUCUUCUGCUAAAUUUGUUCGAAUUUUCGAAUAUGCUGUUGCAAGUUUAGUUUUAGCAGUAUGUGUUUGCUUUGCAGUAGAGUUAGCAAAUAUUCCAACUGAAGGAAUUAAAACUGUUCGUGAAAUUUUCAGAGGCUUUGCCCCUUCAAAGGAAAUGUUUGAUGGAAGUGGUAUGACUAUUGCUAUUUCCAUCAUUGGUGCUACUGUCAUGAUCCAUUCUUUGUUCUUAGGGUCAGGAUUAGUUCAACCAAGACUUCGUGAAUUUGAUGUUCAAAAUGGAUAUGUAAAAUUAAAUGAAAUUGUCAAUGAUGAAAAAGAUGAUCAAAUCGAAGUACAAGAAAAUGAAAAAAGUGACUCAAGUAGUAUCACCGAUUCAGUACGGGAAAAGAUGGUCCAAAGACUUCAAAGAGAAAGAGAGGCAAACUAUUUCUACAAUGAUUAUAAACCAUCUUAUCAUGCUAUCAAUUAUUCACUUAAAUAUUCAAUUAUUGAACUUGCUCUUACCUUAUUCACAGUUGCCCUUUUCGUCAAUGCUGCCAUUUUAAUCGUUGCAGGUGCCACUUUAAACAAUACUCCAGAAGCUGUCGAUGCUGAUUUAUACACCAUCCAUAGUUUAUUAUCCACAACAUUGGCUCCUGUUGUUGGUACCGUGUUCAUGUUGGCACUUUUAUUCAGUGGUCAAUCCGCUGGGAUUGUAUGUACCAUAGCCGGUCAAAUUGUUUCCGAAGGACACAUUAACUGGACUUUAAAACCAUGGAUUCGUCGUUUAGUCACUCGUGCUAUUUCCAUUGUACCAUGUCUUAUCAUCACACUCUGUAUUGGUAGAAAUGGUCUUUCAGAUGCUUUGAACAUUUCCCAAGUGGUCAUUUCAAUUCUUUUACCUCCAUUGACUGCUCCAUUGAUUUAUUUCACUUGUAAGAAAUCAAUUAUGAAAAUUGAGUUGCCAAAGGAAAUGCAAACUGAAACUACAAAAUAUAAGUACAUGUGCAACAAUUGGAUCACAACUAUUUUUGCAGUACUUAUCUGGAUUUUCAUCUCUGUAUUGAACGUCUACGCAAUCGUUGAUAUGGCAAUGAAUGGAUUAGCUUAG